CAGUCGGGCUCGGGACGGCGAGCGGUGCGCACGUGUCGUGUGUUGCUGUGUCACUGUGGUGUGUGUGAGUGAUCUUGUGACGUGAAGUGAUGUGCAUUCGUAGUGAGUAAGCGGGCGUAUAGCCCGUCAGAUUCGAUGGAGGGAAAGCGAUGCUUGUGUAUCGUUUUGUUCCUGGUCCACAGCGCCAUAGGAGCUGGUGAAGGUCCCCCACAAACCACUGAGAGGGCGGAACUAAACGAGCUGACGGUGUCCUUCCCGCCUCUAGAGGAUAUCUACACCAGCACCUUAGAGAAGCACUUCGCGACGGAGAACAACACGGUGGUGACGUCACAGACUGGGUCCACCGCGCUACUGCCUUGCGUCAUCAGGAACAUCGGUGAUGGGAUUGUAUCCUGGAUACGGAGGAAGGAUUAUCACCUACUUACAGUGGGGUUAACCACAUACAGCUCAGACCAAAGGUUUCAGGCAAUACAUCUCCAACAUUCUGAGGAUUGGACCUUAAAGGUCCGAUUCGUGCAGACAAGGGACGCGGGUAUAUACGAGUGCCAAGUAUCGUCGCAUCCACCGACUAGUAUAUUUUUGCAUUUGGACGUAGUUGAGGCGCGCGCUCAAAUAUCGGGGCCUACAGAGAAAUACCUCAAACCAGGCUCGACCCUGAGACUCCAGUGCUCCGUGGUUCAAACCACUGAGGCGCCGGCCUUUGUGUUUUGGUACCACAACAGCAGGAUGAUAAACUACGACGUGGAGCGAGGCAUCAACGUGACGACGGACGCUGAGCUACGAGUAUCCGACUUGCUGAUACCUGCCGCUAGCGCGUCACACGCGGGCAAUUACACUUGUGUGCCGAACAACGCCGUGCCCGCGAGCAUUUACGUGCAUAUAUUUAAUGGUGAAAACCCAGCGGCCAUGCAGUCUUCAUCGCCCAGUUAUAUCCACAGCAUCCACAGUCUGUACACAAUACUCGCUCUGAACAUACUACGGUGACAAUUAGAUUAAGUGUACACUAAUUUAUAAUCUACCCCCUAGGCAUAGAGUCCGUUUCCGCGAGGCAAACAUUGGAUCGCUCCGCUCCCUUUGUGUCCAACGAUUUGUAACUCGCAUGUUAAUUUGAAAUGCAGGGUUUGCGUUUUAAAAUGUUAAAACGGACUUAACUUUUCACUGCAAUUCAGGCGGUGUUCGUUUAGAAAUAAAUACGGCGGCCAUUAACACAUUUCGCUUUAUAUUUAUGCCGCAUGUAGGACGAACUUUGUGACUGUGUCAUACAAAUUAUGCGUUAGCUCGUUUCUAGCGGUUUUAUGUGAUGCCGGUGUAUUAUAUACUUUUAGUUUUGAACACGAGAAAGUAAAAUAAUAAAUUGUUUUUUAUUUAUAAUGCAUGUUCAGUAACAUGAUUUUCAGAGGUCUCGCUGAAGUAUUCACGUAAAAAGGAAGUUUUUUUGAAAA